AUGCUCGCUCUCCCAUCAUUCUCCAGGCUCUUUGUCGCCUGCUUUUUCCUCGCCUUGGUGGUUGCUUCUCCUUUAGCCAUAAGCAAGCCCGGCGAGUCUCCAGGUACCAUUGCAGUGCGACCCCUCACAAUUGAGAAUGCCAACGGCUCCAAUGACAACACUGCAGCUAUUGCUAAACGAUAUAAUAACGCUCGUCGGAGAUGGAAGAAACUUCUCCCAAUCGCGGUCUACAUUAAGGAUAAGAAACCAGCUUCCAACGACUGGGCACUCGUCUUUGACAAGGAGUGGGUCUCCAAAGCCUGGAAACCUGAUGACGAAGCCAAUAAAAAACUCAGGGGUUACUCGGCGCCCUACUACGAGGACAGAUACCCCGCAGAAAACUUAAUAACUCUCCCAAACCUGUUUUUGAGGACAGACGGUAAAGAUCCUGGGCCCUUCUUGGAAAAAUUCUGGGGUGUCGAAGUUGGGAAGGACGAAGCUUCGUUUGUCAAGAAUGUGUUGGAGUUCAGUCAAAAAGAGAAUCUACUGCAAGGGAGCCUAGAUGCUUUCAACGAGCUGUAUGCAAAGAGAGAUCAAAACAAACAAACCAACAAAAAAGAGUAG